AUGGAUAAAUAUAUUUUUAAAAGAAAGCUCGACGAUGAUAAAGGUGAUAAUGAUAACCUUAGCGGCCAAUCUGACCCUAUAUCCGACAAGAAUAUUUUUAGUUCAACAAAAAACUUUGCUCAUCGCAAGUAUAGCAAAGACUAUUUACAAUAUGGAUUUUCGUUUUCAGUUGAAAAUGGCAUUGAUAUUCCACAAUGUGUAAUUUGUGAUUGUAAGUUAUCUAAUAGCUGUCUUGUCCCAAGUAAACUUAAACGUCACUUAAUGACAAAUCAUCCGAGUAUUGCAUCUAAAGAUGAAACUUAUUUCAAGAAAUGUUUAUCUAUGAAAGGGAAACAAGUAAAAGCGUUUGAAAAACACGUUUGUGUUUCGGAAAAAGCUCAACUUGUAUCGUAUCUUAUAGCAGAAUUGGUCGCAAAAAAAUUUAAACCGCAUAAUUUAGCAGAAGAAAUCAUCUAUCCAGCUUGUAACAUAAUUGUAAAAACUAUGAUUGGUGAAUCAGCUGCAAAUGAUAUUUGCAAAAUUCCAUUUUCCAAUGAUACGAUUCAUCGCCGAAUCAUUGAUAUGUCAAACAAUAUUGAAAAAACAACAGCAAAAAGUUUGGAAUGUACAAGUUUUGCUUUGCAAAUCGACGAGACGACAGAUAUAACCGGAAAAGCUCAAUUGAUUGCAUUUGUUAGAUUCAUUCAUGAAAACGAAAUUAUAAACCAAUUUUUAUGCUGUCGCGAAAUUCCAGAAUCAACUACCGGUCAUAAUAUAUACAACAUACUCAAUACUUAUUUUGAUGAAAACAAAAUUUCAUGGAAAUCCUGCAUCGGUGUGUGCACCGAUGGUGCUCCUGCUAUGACAGGACAUUUAAAAGGAUUUAUUUCUUAUGUAAAAUCAAUAAAUCCAGAUAUUCUUUUUACUCACUGUUUCCUUCACCGUGAGGCACUUGUAACAAAAGUUUUACCGUCAAAUUUGAAAAUCGUGCUUGAACAAAGUGUGAAAAUGGUAAAUUACAUCAAAUCAAGACCAUUGAAAAAUCGUUUAUUUUCAAAAUUAUGUCAAGCCAUGGAAGCUAAACACCAAUCUCUUUUAUUACACACAGAAGUAAGAUGGCUAUCUAGGGGGAAAGUAUUAUCGCGUGUCCUUGAAUUGAAAGAAAAUUUGAAACAAUUUUUUAACGAUGACGGAAAUUCUGAAUUUUUUGAUUUGUUAGAUGACGGAAUUUGGUGUGCUCGACUAGCCUAUUUAUCGGACAUUUUCUCAAUAUUUAAUAAUAUAAAUUCAAGUAUGCAAGGGGAAAAUGAAAACAUACUCAAGUCAACUGAUAAAUUAAUGAGUCUUAAAGGACAAAUCGCAUUUUGGAAAAAAAAAACUAAGGAAGGAAAUUUAGAAAAAUUUUCUUCCGUUUCACAAGAAUACUACCAGUCAAUUAAAAAUGAUGUGGUGGAACAUCUGACCAAACUCGAUGAACGUAUUAUUCAUUAUUUUCCUAAAUUAGACAUACAACAAUUCGAUUGGAUACGCGAUCCUUUCGCAAAAAUAUCGUUUUCUCACGAUUUAAAAAUCGAUGAAUAUGAAGAUUUGAUAAAGCUAUCCAAUGAUCGCUAUUGGAAGAUUAAGCAUCGGGAAUUGUCGACCAAUUCAUUUUGGGUUGAAAUUCAGCAUGAAUUUCCUAAAAUUUCAAAAAUAGCUUUAAAUAUUUUGUUGCAAUUCUCAACAUCUUACUUAUGCGAAUUAGGAUUUUCGUCGUUAUCUAAUAUUAAAAACAAAAAAAGGUCUAAAAUAAUCAACGUGGAAUACGAUUUACGUGUUUCGUUGUCAACCAUAAAACCGAAUAUAAAUGAAAUAAUUAAAAAUAAUCAAGCUCAAAUCUCACAUUAG